AAAUUAUUUGCGAUCGGCCAUAUUGAAUUUCGAGUUAGGGCAAAGAUGAUUAGAAUUUGUGGCCCAAAACUGGCAAGUUGUUGCUUUUUAUUAAGCUUGUGGGGUGUUAUAAUGUUGCUUCUGUUAGGCGUAUUUUUCAGCACAAGGAGUGUAGCACUUAUAGACGAUCUCCCUAAGAUGGAAGAAGGAAAAGGUUACAAAUCGUCUGCAAGAAAUUGUUUUAUAGCAGCAGGAAUUUAUGGGGUUACGAUGGUCUUUGCAGCAUAUCAGAAAUGGGUGAAUAGUAGAACAGGGGACACACAGAGACUGUAAGUAAAUUUAUGUUGGUUUUAUCAUGAAACUCUGUAACUGUGUACACCCUGACAGUGAUCAAAAUGUAUUGUCUCCUAACAGUACCAGUUGACAAGUGAUCAGAAUAUUGCCUCUAUUUACAUGUUAAGCCAAACCCACCCUGCAGAGGGGGCACAAAACUCAAAUUUCAGUUCUUGGGCCAGACUUUAGUGUAACAUGAUAUUUUAACAAGGCGUCAAAUUGAAAUUUCCCUUACAAUAUGCCCAUGACAGUACAUGUAUGAACCAGGUUUUGUGGUCUAAGUUGUCCCAGUUGCAGUACAGCUGAAGUAGUUGCACAUAGUAGUCUUUGUAAAGGAGGAUGCCAAUUUCAGCCUGGGAUACUAGGUUUUCACGAAGUAAUGAAAUGGACAUAUAUAGUGCUGACAGCACAUGUAGUUAGUUACUUGCAAACAGGACUAAGGGAGGAUUCUGCAAGACUUCUGUAUACCAAUGUAGUUGACUCGUUUCAAGAACUAAGUAUCAAGUUUGACUCUAAGUAACAAAGGUAUGAAUUAUAUGAAAUCUGCAGUCUCAUUCUCAAGUAAAUUAACACUGUAGCACAAUGUUUGUGCUAUAAGUUACUGAGCACAAUUUUUUUUCAACGUGGAAACUCAGUUUGUUUCAGUUCAGUUCAAAUUCAUUUACCUAAGUAACAGAAAACUAACUUCAGCUAGCUUUCCUGGCCUUUGUGUGUAAGUCUUUGUUUCCUAAUAAAAUUUCAGCUGCUGAUAAACCAUAUAAUAUAAACAGUAACAAACAAGCCCAGAGGGAAAUGUUGAAGAGUUUUCCCCAAGGUUUUAUUUUGAAUUUGAAAGUCUUGUCACAUGAAUGGC